CUGAUAAACAUGCCGCCUGUCCCGCAGAGGGUCCGGUAUAAAGGCUGAACCCGCGGACCGGAGCGCUGAUUCGGUUUCGGUUCUGAGUUUUAGGUUUUAGGUUUUGGGUUCUGAGUUCUGUUGUUACCGGUACCGGGCCGGUUCGAGGUGGAGUUCAGAACCGGUGGGACUGAACUGAUUAAACUACAGGAGAAACUCCGAACAGAACCGGAUUAAACCCGGUUUAGACUCAGUUUUGCGCCGGUUCUGUUUGGGUUCGGGCGGGUAUGGGGGGCUGCAGUAAGGCGGUGAUCGGGCUGCUGGUCGGCGGGGGUUCGGUUCUCGGGUUCGGGCUGGUUCUGCUGUUCGCGGGUCCGGUUAUUAUCGAUGAUCAGAUAGUGAAGAAUAUAGAGAUUAACCCUAAAAAUGAUCUGUCCUACACCAUGUGGAAGGACAUCCCCGUCCCGUUCUUCAUGUCCAUUUAUUUCUUUAACGUCCUGAACCCCGACGAGAUCCUGGAGGGAGAGAAGCCCAUGCUGGAGCAGAGAGGACCUUACGUCUACAGUGAGAAGCGAUGGAAGGAUAAUAUCACGUUCCACGCCAACAAAACGGUGUCGUAUCGAGAGUAUCGGCAGUAUUUCUUUGAGGAGGACAUGUCCGUCGGUAACGAGUCAGAUAUAGUUACCAUUCCGAACAUGCUGGUGCUGGGAGCUUCAGUGAUGAUGGAGAAGCUGCCGGUUCCGGUGAGGAUCAUGAUCAGCACCACGUUUAAAGCUUUUAAAGAAGGUCCGUUUCUGACUAAAACCGUGGGGGAGCUGAUGUGGGGAUAUGACAGUAAACUGGUGAACUUCCUCAACCAGUACUUCCCGGGGAUGCUGCCGGUCAGCGGCAAGUUCGGACUCUUCGCUGAGUUUAAUAACUCCAACACCGGACUCUUCACCGUCUUCACUGGUCAGGGUGACAUCAGGAAGGUUCAUCAGGUGGACUCCUGGAACGGCCUGAAGGAGGUGAACUACUGGAACUCUGAUCAGUGUAAUAUGAUUAACGGGACGGCCGGGCAGAUGUGGCCUCCGUUUAUGACCACCGAGUCCACGCUGCCGUUUUACAGCCCAGACGCCUGCAGGUCGAUGGAGUUGGUGUAUGAAAGACGAGGGACGAUGAGCGGAAUUCCUAUCUUCCGUUACGUGGCUCCGAAGACUCUGUUCGCUAACGGGUCUGAUUAUUCUCCUAAUGAAGGAUUCUGCCCCUGCAGACAGUCGGGUCUGCUGAACGUCAGCUCCUGCCGACACAAAUCCCCUGUGUUCAUCUCCCACCCUCACUUUUAUAACGCUGAUCCCGCCCUGCUGGAGACGGUUAACGGGCUCAGCCCGAAUGAGGAGGAGCACGGGCUCUUCAUCGACAUUCACCCAGAGACUGGAGUACCGAUGAACGUCUCUAUCAGACUACAGCUCAACCUGCUGAUAAAAAAGGUUUUUGGAAUAUCAGAAACUGGUGAAAUAGCUGAAGUGGUGAUGCCCAUGAUUUGGUUUGGAGAGAGUGGAUAUAUUGACGGACCUGUUCUCCACACGUUCCGUAUGAACCUGGUGACGUUACCCAUGAUAAUGGAAUAUAUGCAGUACGUCUUCAUCGCUUUAGGACUGGCGCUCCUCCUCGGGGGGGCGCUCCUGCACUGGAGGGAAAGGAGGAGUGCACACGGAGCCAUAGCAGAGACAAGGGAAACAGUUAAAGACACAAAACACGACUCGAGCGAGAAGCAGACCGAAAAAUAUAGCGUGAAAAUAACAGAUAAGCAGUAAGGAGGCGGGGCAGACCUGCUCAGAUGAGGACACCAGCACUCCAGCCAAUGAGAAAACUCCACUGCUCCACUCCUCCACAGAUUAGAGCAGAUCUCCUGCUUCCACAGUACUGUACCCCCCCCCCCUCCCCCACUCCCAGCUCUCCCACCAUCAAUAAACACCACUGGACUGACUGAUACUGGAUCUUUUUAUUUAAAUGACUGUAGUAAAGGUUCUGUGGUUUUGGGUAAUAAAAUCAUAAAUUGCACACAGUUAACCCUUUACUACACAGACUAAACCUGCAGCAUUAACUAUUCAAAAGCCAAAAAGUCUUUUUUUUUUGUCUGUGAUUUUAAGGUGCAUUGUGACACUUCUGGAGUUUUGCUUGUUUAUCUUGGUAACAGAAAACACAGGAGCUCCACUGACUGAAUACAACCUAGACAGACGCCAACAGUCAGACGUUCAUCGCUAUCUCGUUAACACAGGCGCUGUGCCGUGCCGAGCGUACACCCCCACUUAUUACACACACAUGAACACACAGCAGCACAAACCCAACUUUUACAUCAACAAUAAACAGAAUAGUAAAUAAAAUAACAUUGCUGUUCCCGUAAAUGAGCUGCUGGAGCUCCUUCACAGCGUCAACCAGCAGCUCAGUUUCCUCUGCUGAGCAAGGUGUACUUUUCCCGUCGUUACGAUAGCAAAUAUGGACCUGAGGUCUAAAAUGUGUGUGGUGGUUCUAUUUUAUAUCCUAUUUUAUAGGUUUGUUGUUGUUUAUUGUCUAUAGUUUAAUUCAGGUGUUGUUGAAAGAUGUGCUGCAUCUGAAUCAGUGUGGGAGAUUAAUAAUGAUUUAUAUAAAUAAUAUAUUUAGCCAUUUUUCCUGUUAUUACUUUAUUAGUGUACAAUAACACCACAACACUUCAAACACUAUUCAACAAUGUAUGACAACUAAACAUACAGAACACAAUACUAAACACAAUACUGAACACUGUACUAAACUCGCUGGCUGGUUUACAAAGCAGAUCUCCCUCUAGUUUCUAAAAAAUGAAAUAUUGUCUUUUUUUAUGUAUAUUUUUGUAAUAUUUUGUGCAUAUACUUAUUGCCCUGAUCACCUGAUCAAUAUCAGACGUGUGAAUUCUCAGCGAUGUUAAGUGAUCAAUAACCGAGUCGGUACUUGAAUGUAAACAAUAUGAAGUGUACAAUAUUAAAAUAUUAUUAAUAUUGUUGUAAUUACAGUGUCUGAAUUUUUUUGUGUAUAAAUUUUCUCCAAAUGAGAAAAUAAACUUUUCUACUGAAAUAA